AUAAAGUGUUCCAUGUGACCAUUAGGCCUGUGACUGUCGGUUCAUUUAAUAAAACCGGACACCCCGUACAUUUCCAAGGACGUUUUCGUGGGACUGCGACGAUCGUCCAAUUAGAUUUAAGCCUGAAGGAUCUAAGGGAACGAGAUGGCUGUAUCGCAAGAAGGAACAGCUCGUUGGCUUUCCCGUCUUUCCCGUCUUUCCAGGAGCGAUCGCGAGCGCUGAAAGUGCUGGCCGCAUGUCCAUUAGAGAAUCCGAGUGCGUGCCACAGCUGGGAGUUGUGAGUUGGGUUUUGGUAGCGCAAAGUUGGCAAGGAAUGAAAGGUGCUGGUGGGGGCGCAGACUGGUUUUCACUCUCGGCAUUCACCACGACUCGGGACAACGUAUUCAGAUUCGACCGGUGCUCCUCUGAGCCUCUACGAGACGAUUCCGACCGAUCCGGAGACCAAUCAGUUUGCAUCGCUUCCUAUUCUUGCCAUUUCGCCGGCUGCUUCUUUAUAUUCGAGAGUGAUCGUCAUUCUUGGUUCGACCGAGGGACGCGAAGAAUCUACCAGAGAGGAGGAAGGAGUUCUUCGAGUCCCACAUCGUCCCGGCACGUUUCUAUUUACACAUUCGUGCAAGUCAAAUAGACUUUUAAGACUUGAGCACCCGAGCAUGCGUGGCUCUGAUUAAUUAUACGGCGACGCUAGGAAGACUGAAGAGAUUUACGAAAAUCUAGCUAAAGCAAAGAUAUACAUUAAAGAGUCUCGGGAGCCGCGUGUUGGGGCGUAACUUGAUCCUGCUGAACGAAUCACUGUCACAGGUGGACCCAGGAUGCUGUGCCGUGUGGUAACGCAUGAUCAGCCAGCAGACCAAAAGGCAAAGAGAUAACGGAAUUCCUGGCGAAAGCGAUCUCCAGCUUCUACCGAUCAAAGGUCUUGCAAGUCCUCCGGUGUUCUCGAACAUGAGAAUAUCUAAGGAGUGAAGAGAAAUCGACGAAUGCGGAUUGGCGGCGCUCGAAAAUGCCGAUCGGGCUGGCUGGAUUGGCAGGGACGUCUUCGCUCCUCGGUUUGAGUUUGAUCCCCUUGCUGACCAUCGGGUUCACUCUGUUUCGCUACAACAACGUGGAUCCUGAGUCGCAUGCGCCGGAUGCACGCGAGCUGCUGGGGAUGUACGACUUCAUAGUGGUCGGCGGGGGAAGCGCUGGCGCCGUGAUGGCAUCAAGGUUGUCGGAAAUAUCAAACUGGACCGUGCUCCUGCUGGAAGCUGGGAGCGACGAGAAUGAAAUCUCGGACGUGCCGGCCCUCGCCGGAUACACGCAGCUCUCGGAAUUCGACUGGAAAUAUCAGACGUCGCCGCCGACGAGCUCAGCCUACUGCUUGGCGAUGAUCGGCGACAGGUGCAACUGGCCCCGUGGAAAAGUCCUUGGAGGCAGCAGCGUCCUCAACGCGAUGAUCUACGUGCGCGGCAACAGAUUGGACUACGACAACUGGGCGCGAAUGGGAAACCCAGGCUGGAGCUACGAGGAGGUCCUACCUUAUUUCAUAAAAUCGGAAGACAAUAGGAAUCCAUAUUUAGCACGGAGCCCCUACCACGGCUCGGGUGGCUACCUGACGGUGCAGGAGUCGCCCUGGAGGACGCCAUUGUCCGUCACGUUUGUCAAGGCGGGUUCGGAACUGGGUUACGAGAAUCGUGACAUCAACGGGGCCAAUCAAACUGGGUUCAUGAUAACUCAGGGCACGAUGAGGAGAGGCAGUCGAUGCUCGACGGCGAAGGCCUUCCUGAGACCAGUCAAGAACCGGAGGAACCUCCACAUCGCCUUGCGCGCUCAAGUCCUCAGGGUGCUCUUCAACCGGGACAAGAGAGCGACAGGGGUGGAAUUCCUGCGGGACGGUCUUCGUCAGGUGGUCCGGGUGCGCAGGGAAGUGAUCCUGUCUUCGGGAGCGAUCGGCUCACCUCAGCUCCUGAUGCUCUCCGGAGUCGGUCCCAAGGAACAUCUGGCCCAGCACGCGAUUCCGGUAGUCUCGAACCUGAGGGUCGGUGACAAUCUGCAGGACCACGUGGGUCUUGGUGGUCUGACGUUUAUCAUCAACGAACCCGUCACCCUCAAGAAGAGUCGCUUCCAGAGCUUCUCUGUAGCCAUGGAGUACAUCCUCAACGAAAGAGGUCCCAUGACUACCCUGGGGGUCGAGGGUCUGGCCUUCGUCAAUUCCAAGUACGCCGACAAGUCCGGCGACUACCCGGACAUUCAAUUCCACUUUGCACCCAGCUCGAUUAAUUCCGACGGAGGUGAUCAGAUCAGGAAGAUCCUCGCCCUGAGGGACAGCGUCUACAACACCGUGUACAAGCCUCUGGUCGACGCGGAAACUUGGACCAUCCUGCCUUUGCUGCUGCGACCAAAGAGCACCGGAUGGAUCAGACUGAGGAGCAGGGAUCCCUUUACGUAUCCGGACAUCAACCCUAAUUACUUCACGCACAAGGAGGACGUGGACGUCCUGGUCGAGGGUAUCAGGAUAGCAAUGGCCGUCUCGAACACUUCGGCCUUUCAGAGAUUCGGCUCCAGACCCCACAGCAUCCCUAUGCCAGGCUGUCAAAUAUAUCCCUUCGGCAGCUACGACUACUGGGAGUGCGCCAUUCGCCAUUUCACCUUCACUAUUUAUCAUCCAACUGGAACUUGUAAGAUGGGCCCACCGACUGACCCAACUGCCGUUGUCGAUCCCCGGCUGCGCGUUUACGGUGUCAAGGGACUCAGGGUCGUCGACGGGUCCAUCAUGCCCAGCAUCGUCAGCGGGAAUCCAAAUGCGCCGAUCAUCAUGAUCGCUGAGAAGGCCAGUGACAUGAUCAAAGAGGACUGGCGAGUCCGGAAUCUCAAGAGAACCCGAGGCAGAUAGUCUAUAGUGGAAUUUCUGUGUUUAAGCUAAUCUUUGAUCACGUAAAUCCAUCUACGGAUAGUCAUUACUUGAUAUAUAUAUUUAUUCGACAGCGGUGCCAUCUCUUUGCGAAAACUUAAAGCUGUCCACUACAUCGAGACUGCUAAUCAACGCGUACUUCAAUCCAGAAUAGAUUUUAAUUAUUUAAUUGCAUCUUUCGUUAUCAACGAAUGCUUGACAAUUAUAUCGAUCGUCGAUGUCACGGCAAUUGAAAUGCUCCGAAAUCAAUCAAAUCGUUUACUGCAAUUAACUUUAAGGACUUUUUAUUAUAGCGUUCAAUUAAUUUAAUACAAUCGUCCAAAGGA